AUGACGCGACCACAGAUUAUCAGGGCAGACACCCUGGACCUGCAAGACAAGACCUCUCCGACCGCCCAGGACCACUCCCACCAGCCGCAACACCCAGCCCCGCUCGGAGCCGGCCCUGCAGCACCCCACCAAGAAGCGUCGCUGCGGCGUGUAGACGACGAGCGCAGUUCCGAGGAAGUGCGAUUGCAAAACGGCUGGGCUGACACAAACGGGCUGCGAGACGAUCCCGGGUCUGACGACGAACGGACCGUGGUGACGAACGGCCAUGGAGACCGAAAUCUCCAGCAGGACGAGACCGCCGUCCGGCUGAACGGCGGUAUGACUGGAGACGGCGACGACGGCGAAAUGCAGGACGCCGACGUCGAGGAGGACAUGGAUGACGACAUGAUGGACAAAAUCUCGAGUUCGCCCUCGAUAGACGAUGGUGGGUAUUCUUUACCUUGUUAUCCUGAGAAUCGGCUAGAGCGAGGAUCUUCUACGACCCCGGACUCUUCGCCUACCUUCUCGCCGAGCGCGUCCUCUUCGACGUGCCUCGACUCUUCUUCCCCCUUUACCGACACGCCUAUUCAUUUUCCCCUCGCUGCUGCUGCCGCCGCUCGAAGACCGUUCCGAGUCCCAGCUGGCGGCGCGGAGCCUGUCUCAAAAUCUCCUUAUCGAUCAUCUCCUGUACCCUUUUCAUUCCGAUCUUCCCCGAAGAAGCACAACACUCAGUCAACGGAUCAUCAUCAUGGUGAGUAUGCCUGGCCAAGGACCACCAACGUAUCGAACGAUGACGCCACCGCUGGAGAGGUUCGCAAAAUUAGCCCCAGGACGCAACAUUUGAGUAUGGUUGAGCAACGGCUGCAAGCAAUGCGCCUGGACUCGCAAGUAUCGCUGUUUUCUGAUUUGGACGAGGAGAAUGCCCAAUCUAUGCUGGAACCGGUUCCCAGCCCUCUCAAGGACACGCUAGAGGACCCUUUCACAGAAAUGCCGAAGCGGAACGACUCGCCCACCCUUGGACCUACUAAAGGCGAAGAAGAAGAAGAAGAAGAAGAGGGCGACUCUUGGACGACGGACAGUGACGCCGACUCCUGGGACGAAGAACUGGACAACGAUGAUGAAUCUAAUGACGUUUCCUUCUCUGACGACCCCCGAUUCAUCGAUUCCGGCUGGGGAGGCGAAUGCUUACGAGAAACAGAGGACAUUGAUUUCGAAUUUGUCUAUGCGUUGCAUACAUUUGUGGCGACCGUCGAAGGUCAGGCCAAUGCUACUAAGGGAGACACUAUGGUGCUCCUAGACGACAGCAACAGCUACUGGUGGUUAGUGAGGGUCGUGAAAGAUAGCAGUAUUGGGUAUCUGCCCGCUGAACACAUUGAGACGCCAACGGAGCGGUUAGCACGGUUAAACAAGCAUCGAAACAUCGACCUCUCAGCGACCAUGCUCGGUGAUACCGCCGAGAAGACGAAGAACCCCCUCAAGAAAGCGAUGCGAAGACGCAACGCCAAGACUGUCCAAUUCGCAGCGCCUACCUAUGUUGAGGCUUCGGAUUACGACUACUCGUCCGAUGAGGGUGGUGAGGAAGAGUUGUUCGGCGGCGCGGAUCCAAACCAGGCACAAACACAGCAGGCCACAGUCGAGAAGACCGAACCCGAACAAGAUGACAGCUUGAAGGUCCAGCCGCUGAAAGUCAACGGCGCUAAGAAGGAUGUGAAGAGCAAAGCAGAGCCAGAAUCGAAAGAGUCUGAGGAGCCUACCAAAGAUGAAGCAGACAAGCAGAGAAAUAGCGACGAAAUAUUUGACCGACCCUUGGACCCCAAGGUAUCCCGAAAUGGUACUCUGCGGAAUACCGACUCGUUCUUCAAGGACGAAACCACAGAAACACGAAAGAUCACACUUACCCCGAACCUAUUGCGAGACGACUCAAGUACUUCCACUACAGGCUCACGGGAGCGCGGUCCGAGCCUGGAGAGCCUCGAAAAGAACGGAUUCGCAGACAAGGUUAAGGAGGACAAGAAGAAGAAAGAGAAGAAGCCCGGGAUGCUCAGUGGUCUGUUCAAGCGUAAAGACAAGAAGACCAAGAGCGCCGGCCUGGACUCCGUUGAUAGCGAUGUUGAAAAGCAGUCAGAGGAAUUUGGCCGCAACUCGCCCCAAUCGAAACCUUCGGAUGACUCCUUGGACCGUACGGCUGCCGAGCAGAACGGAGCCUCGUCUCCGCAACGCCAGCCAAGCAAAGGCAAGCUGCAGAAAUCGCAACGGGGAAGAGAUGACUCGCCAACAAAGGGCAAAGGCGUAUCGAAAAUGGACAGUCCAGAACCUUCGAGGGUGCAGAGUCCCUCUGCAAAAGAGGCCCCCAGCGACAAGCCUGCCCAGCAAUCCACUUCCACAAUGCGCUUGGUCUCGUCAGAGCAAGAAGAUACGGCCAAAACGGCCAAACCGUCCAUUGAAGAGCGCGCUCUAUCUCCUGACAGUCGUUCCCGUUCCAACUCUUCCGCUUCAAAGCUCAAUCCCAUGAAUAUGCUCAAGAGCCAACAGAACGGAGAGCCGAGACCAGAGAAGGUCAAGAAGGCUAAGCAGCGGGUUCAGCUCGAUGACUUCGACUCUGAAGAUGAGAAGGAUCCCUUCGCAGACCCAGAGAUGCAAGCAAAGUCAGCACAACCAGCAGACUCUGAGGCAACCGGACGUCUCUCCGAAUCUCCGGUGCACGUGUCGGCCGCAGAUGCACAGCCUCCGGGCAAAGAAACUGUUCAAGAGAAGGACCAAGAGUCAGACUCUCAGCACCCUCCCGGUCUCACUGUCGACACAUCGAGCCAAGAGACCAGUUCUCCGAUAUCAACCCCCACACCCGACGGCAGCCCCUCCAGCAGCCAACCGAACAAACCCAGUCUUGCAGCCUCACGCCCCAAUACCUCGCCCUCGCCUACGCAACUCACACAGAAUUCCUCGAUACCUCCGCCAUCACGACCCGCACCGAUCCCGACAAAGGAAAUGGAACCCUCGCCGCCCGACUCGUCAGAAAGUACAUCGCUUCCUGCUUGGUCAGACUCCUCGUUACGAACGUACCUUGACGAUGGGAGCGAUAUCAGGGACAUGCUGCUGGUUAUCAAUGACACCACUGGCGUUGUUCCUGUAGGGCGCGAUCAUCCCAUCAUGGCACGACUUUUCGUUGAGGAGACGAGGACUGUGACAGGGUUAAGCAGCGAGUUGGAUUCCCUUCUCAACAACCUUCUCGAGAAGAGGAUGAGGAGGGCUGGCAAAAGUGCUGCUCCAACUAAGGCUUUGAGGUAGUAACGCGGGUCCCGGGGAGAUAUAGAUGGAUUCUGGUUUGACGCUUGAUGUACGAUGAUGGCUGUGUGAAAAAAUACCCUGAAGACUAAGGACAGGGCGGAUACGGCGCAUUGGUGUUGCUCUUUUAUUCAUGCUGCAUGACAUUGGAGGCGGGUUUCUAUUUCUUCAUUAUUUUCUUGCUACUUUUUCGAAUUUUCUUAAGCGCACAUGGCAUGCUGCAUUCACCGGCGGUGUUGUCGUUUCCCCUGUUUCUGACUUUCCUUAAUACCAGUUCACGCCUCUCACAGCAAACCGACAGCGUCACGCGGUGCGCUACGCUUUUACUCUCCCU